AUCGCACGGAAAUUUAUUAGAACUUAACGAUUUUUGACAGAUUAGAGCUUACAGCAGAUACUACUGUCACAAUGGGCGGAUCGAUGAAGAUGACGGCUCUGUCCGUGAUGCUGCUGAUGUGCUUUGCAGUAAGAGCUACGGAUGCGCAAGCAGGCAUAGUCAGAACGGUGGUAGCCAAAAAGUUCAUCACCUCCAGCGUAUCCAGGUUUGGGUUGGGGAUAGAAGGUAUGGCCGUGGACCAGGUGGGCAAUGUCUAUGCAGUUGGCUUUGCGGGAGACGGAACAUCGGGCAUCGGCUCGGUUGCAAAUGCUCGAGCCCAGCUCGAACAAAACCUGCUGGUCAAGGACCAGACGGCCAGUUCGUCGUUCAAUGGGCUCAGAUUCCUACCACUCUCGCCUUCCCUGUCAACGAAUUUCGACCUCCGCGCUCUGGCGGCGGACGUGAAGUCGCAUAGCGUGGUUCAGUUCCUCAGGUCCAAACGAGACGGCAGAACUCGAGGCAGCCCGUUCUGUCAGAACUCGAGCAUGAUCCAGCCGAACGACAUCGCCGUGGCUGUGAAGAGCGGGAGAAUUUACAUGACCGGCGGGGCGUAUUCCAAUGUGAACACCGUCGUGGGGCACGGAGAUCUGUGGAUGUGCGAGGGCAGAUCUUCCUUCACCAACACGUCGAGGGAACUUGAUCUGGAGCCUGUGGAGGCCAAGCUGCUGGGACUCUUCGGUCUCACGAACGGAAUCGAGGUGUCUCCCGACGAGAAGACGCUGUAUCUGACCGAGUCCUUCCACAAGUUCGGCGAGCCCUAUUCGAACUUCAUCUGGAAAUUCGACAUCGACCAGAAGACAGGCCUCGUCGACAACAAAACUCUUCUGGUCGAUUUCCAGAAGCUCGAUGGCUCGGGCCACGUUGACCUCGAUGGCAUGCGCUGCGAUGUCCACGGCAACCUGUUCGUCACCAAGAACGGCAUGAAUGGCGAGACUGUGAAAAUCUCCCCCACCGGCGAGCUACUGCUGCGGAUCAAGCUUCCUGGGCUGUACGAGACCACCAAUGUAGAAUUCGGCGGCCCCGACGGCAAAACGCUGUACAUGUCCGGCAAGUGCAUCGACAAUCCAGACUUGGGUUGCGUCGAUAUGUGGGACGGAAACCCCGCGCCAGGCGCAGCUUGGGCCCUCUCCGCUCUUCAUCACUGAUGGACUGCGAGAUCCAGCUCGCCUCGUGCUACGUCGGUGCCACCAUCCGAGACUGAAGUCUAAUCCCCCACACAUCGAGUCCAUCAGACUCUCUACCGAACUGAAAGCUCAGAUUUUGUGAUCUGGCAAACCAUCCGAUCCAAGACUCAUUCUUUCGUAGUUCCUAAUCUCGAUCUCAUUCAGGCCUUCAUCAGAGACCGAUCCAUCGUGUGAGAUUUGGUAAUGUAGAUUCUUCCCAUCAGUCAGGUUGUGCCCAAUGAAUUCACACCUCAGGAAUACUGGGAACGAGAGUAUAUAGUGUCCUUCUGUGACAAGCUUAUGUCAUCAGGUUGAACCAUACCUGUGGCAUGAAAUACGUGUGGAUCGAUCAUUAAAGAUCAUCUGCCGGUACCAUAUGUAUUAUUAGAAUCCGCAUAGACGAGAGUUUUGAGGUACAACACGAUUAGACAGACAGCACAGUAACGUAGUGAUCUUCCAAAAUUCUCAUGGUCCUCAUUAAUUCGUUUUAAGUAGGGUCGGAGACCAUUUCUCCUUGAAAGUAGUAUUGAUUAGCCGACAAGUAGCUUUGUUGGAGGUAGUGAUCUUCCAGAUUUCUCAUGGU